AUGCAUAUCACAAAAGCUCUCCUCGCCAUGGGCAUGGCCCUCUCCGUCUCCGCCGCUCCGGUAGUCGAGCGAGACGAGAGCAGCAUCGCCGAGCGCCAGACGAGCUGUGCUGCUUACACCAUCAUCAACACCCGUGGUACUGGCGAGAUCCAGGGCCCAUCCUCCGGCUUCCGCACCAUGAACAGCAAUGUUCAGCAGCAGGUCUCAGGCGGCACCAUCUACAGCACCGUCUACUCCGCAGACUUCAGCCAGAAUUUUGCCGCAGGUACAACAGACAUCGUGAACAAGGUCUCUAGCCUCGUCCGCGCCAAUUCAAACGUCUGCGUCAUCCUGGAGGGCUACUCCCAAGGCGCUGCCGCAACCGUCAACGCUAUGUCUAGGCUCACCGGGACAUCUUUCGAUGCCGUCAAGGGAGUCUUCCUUAUCGGCGACCCAGAGCACAAGAGCGGUCUGGCCUGCAACGUCGACCAAAACGGGGGGACAACGACGAAGAAUGUUAAUGGGCUGUCUGUGGCGCUUGGAGGUGGGAUCCCGUCCAACUGGGUGGCGAAGACUCUGGAUGUUUGCAACUACGGUGACGGUGUCUGCGACACUGCUCACGGCUUCGGUAUCAAUGCUCAGCAUCUUGCCUAUCCACAGUCGGCGAGUGUGCAGAGCUUGGGCACAAAGUUCGUCGUUGCCGCGCUCAGGGGUACUGCUUAG